AGGUGCUUCCGGUGAGCAGUGGCUUCCGGUGCGCAGCGGCUACUGGGAGCUUGCGCUUCGGGUGGAGUGUUUGAGACGGUUGCUGGAAGGGCUGCUAGCCCCAGAGCUGUGAGGUUUGGCCUCCACCCACUGUGCUAUUAGUGGCUUCUCCUUGGGAGGUUUGGAGAGAUGAACUGGGUCGGAGGGUCACGGAGAAAUGCGUUUAAAAGGCAUAACAUUCUAACAUACGUCAUUACUAUUCCUAACACAUCAGGUUGACCUGCUUUAGUUUUUUGGAAAACCAAUUACCAGGGUUCUGAUCAAGCAGGAAAAAAGAAAGCAAAAGGAUUGUUUUCUUAUUGUUUCUACCACAUGAGACUUGACUGGAAAAGAUUGAGCCUAGUUUUGUCAUAUGCAUUUGUCCAUCCUAAGAACACAGAUUUGGGGAAUAUUUUGAAAGGAAUAGGUUAAAAUCAAAAAUGAAAUUACUGGGAGUUUUGUCUCCUACCAAAAAUUCCACUGUCAGUUUAGACCUGCUUAACCUUUAUACAGUAAAUCAGAUAUCGUGUAAGAAAAAGGCACCUGAAACUGUUAAAAAACCAAUUCAUGUGAAUAUGAAUAGAGACAUAAAAAUGUCUCUAAGACAGCAUGAGUUAGAACUUGCAAUGUCACCUCAACAUGUACCUUCUAAACUCUGCCUUGAUGGUACAGAAAACAACAAUAUAUCCUAUCACAAACUCAGUAACAAGACAGGAUGUGGCCCAGUUCAGUCAUCACAAGUUACGGACACACAUAGCAUAUUUGAGCCUCAGUUCAGCAGAACAGAAAACUGCAGUUUUACUGUACCAUCCUUUUCAACAGAGUUGUCUUCUGACAGAUAUAUUCCAAAACAAACUUUCACUCCCAGUUUGGUGCCUAGCCCUUCAAAGAUUGCAUUUGAGAAAAAGCAAAUUGAGCAGCUCAGUAAUGUUGACUGUUCUGAUUCCUUGGUUUCCAAGUUAAGUGAAUGUCCAGACGUUCUCAGUUCACCACAUGAAGUAGCAAACUUUGGAACACUGUUUGAACAAUCAAACAAUCCAGGAAAUGGGGAUUUCCUUACCACAAGAACUGGUGUAGCUUCGGGUGAAGAUUGGAGAAGCAUGAAUGAAAGACAGUCAGACUUCAGUAUUGAAGAACAAGCAGCACAAUGUAUUUGGGGAGAAAAUGGAGAAGAAAUUUCAACUUUUCUUAAAGAUGUAAACCAGCCAGUUCAUAGUAUUCUGUCAGAGAACUGUGACUCUCUUGUUGGUCACAACAUGGUCAAUUUAUUAAACAUAGACCAACAAAUGACACAGAAAACUUUUGACAAGCGUGGUUAUAAUAGUCUGGGAAAUGCUUGUUUAGUCACUAACUCUGAUGGAAACCAUUCCACUGGUGGAGGCAUUAGGAGCAUUUUUACAGUUUCAGAGUCAACUCUUAGUAAUUCUGCUUUUAAUAAAACAAGUUGUCCAGAAAAAUGUCAACCAAUCAAGAACUAUCAGAAAGAGCACAACAGUAAUGAAGUAUGUGAUCUUAGCACUUCUUUUGUGGAUUGUUACCCAGCCAGUUAUGAAAAUCGAGGAAAACGUGAAAAUGAUUACCAAAAGAAGACCCCACCAAAAAAUAUCCAGGAAGAUCCAGUGAGCUCUAUGUGGAAUAGCCCUUUGAGAGAAUUGCAUCCUAACCAGUCAUGGGGCUUUGGACUUGAUGAGAUUCUGAUGGAAGGAGGAACACGUUCAUUAAAUGGCAUGCCAACAUCUACUAAGAAAAUCUGUCUUGAUUCUUCACAGGGCAGUCAGUGUACCAGUUACUCUCCAAGACCUACAGAGAGUUGUUUCAGUUCUAGUUCUGAGAUGCCAUCUGAAGAUGAAGACCAAAUAUUGACUCAAGACCACAUUGAAGACUCAAAUGAGAUAUCCACCAAAACCACAGAAACAAAUAAUAAUUUUCACCUAGAAAGGAUGACAGAACUUUCAGAUAAUAGCAUUGUUAACAGCAAUGCCCAAUUUCACAAACAGAGUGAGAAAUUAUCCCAGUGUUCAGUAAAAAAUACCACUGAUCAAUUUCUACAAUCUCAGUGCGAGUCAGCACAUGCAUUAAAAAGCAAAGCUAGUAACUGCAUUCUGCAGGUUGUAAAAUGUGACACAGGGGUACAAACUGAGAGAGAGCCUGUGAUGAAAGAAAGAUCCGAUGCUGCUGUACAGUGUGACGUACCUUGGAAAUGUGCAUGUGGAAGGGACGUGGCCCCUCUCCGCAGUGUUGAAGGGUGCACCGAAAAUAUUACAGCACAUACCACUGGAGGGCAGGACAUCCUUAAGAACAGCUAAUCCAAAAAUCUCUGCCUGGGAUAUGGCUGCUUGACAAGCAAGAGUAGAUGUUAGGAAUUUCCUGUUAUAUAAUAAGGAAUGAGAAAAUGCAGUCAAGUUUUCAGGGUUUGUAUUUAUGGUUCUUUGUAAGACAUUUUAGUAUUUAUGCAUUUAAUUUUUAUAUGGGCAUUUCUUUAAAAGCU